AUGUUGUACCUGACGACGGUGAUCAGCAACGCCUGUCUGGCGAUCCUGAACUGCGGGCUGUGCCUGUCGGCGACGAACUUAGCGAGAAUGAUGAUACUGAAGGAUUUUAAGAUAUGCCCAGAGGGGCACAUGAAGUGCGACAAGGAGAGGUGGUACUUUGUAACCUUCUACUUCACGCUCUACAUGAGUGCCUUCUUCGGAUGUCUCAUUUCUUUAUUUUUUAGAAGUGCCAACAGAAGAAAGGGCUUGAUGGGUGUGCACUGUCUGUACAUUAUUGGAAGUUUAUUAACAAUAUAUAGUUCCCCUCACAUAAUUUUAUUUUUAUUUUCUCAAGCGUUUUUUGGACUAGCCAUUGGAGGAUCUGUGGUGACUGCAUCUUGUUACAUUUUAGAGUACACGCCAAAAGAACACCAGAAAUUCUAUGGGUUCUAUAUUCAGAUUUUUUUCGCACUAGGGUUAUUGAUUAGUUAUAUUUUUGGAGCCAUGUAUGCAAAUAUACGUUUUUCCAACCCGAAGACUACAUACUGGGUAUUCACUGUGUUGUAUAAACUCCACUUAGCAAUGCCUUUAAUCUUCAGUGUGGUGUCGUUGCUGUUAUUUUCAUUUACCUUUACCCUGGACACACCUCUACAUUUGUACGAAUCGAAGAAAUUUAAAAAAUUCGACAAACUAAAGACAAAAAUAAAUGUACAAGAAUUUAAUGAAAAGGAAGAAUACCACAAAAAUGAAAAAACAAAAGAAGUCAGUUUGCUAGGAAAAGAUUUAACCAUAGUGAAUUUUUUUAAAAAUGAAUUAUUAAGGAAGACUUCCUUUGUAGGGAUGCUACUCUGUUUUUUAUAUUCGCUUAAUGGAUCCUUUUUAUUCUUCAAUUCCAUAUUUUCAUUUUUCAAGGCCUUCCCUAGUACCAUGGCUAAUACAUUUAUUUCAGUGGGUUUCGUUUUGCUUUAUUUUAUUAGCUCCAUCGUUUGUACAAAAUUGAUUCAGACAUAUGAAAAGAAAGAUUUAUUAAUUACUGGGUUGGUUGUGCAAGCCAUAUCAGCAGCAUGUUUAGUUGGCUCCUACUUCCUCGAUUUUACAAGCCUUAUACACAAAAUUAUGUUAAUCGUUUCAAUCUCUUCUUAUUUUGUGGGCUUGUCCUUAGGGUUCGGACAUAUGAUUUGGACCCAUGUAUUUGAUUUAUUUCCCAAGGAGUGUAAAGUUGUGGGCGCUUUUUUUUCCUACUACUCACUCUUCCUUGGAGCCUUUUUCAUUUCUGUAUUGCUCGAGUUUAUAAGUAUUAGGUACUACUCCUACCUCUUCAUCCUGUGCCUGAUUUCCCUCUUUGUGUCCAUCGUCUCCUUCAGCAAGUGCUACAAGGACGAAAGGGUCGCCAUUGCUAGGCAUCCCUCCAUGGAGGACUAG